GGUCCCUUUUUUAUAACAUUACCCGCCCGUUACUGAAUGCAUUAGCACGCGCCGGAAAGAAGACUUCUCUUCAGUUUCGUGAACAAUCAUAUCUCCUUACUCUCUUUUGACAGAGGGCAAUCAAACGGAUUCGGAGACGGAGAGCGACGAUUUGGUGGUUUCUGGUGCUUUUGGUGGAAUGGAUUCUUCAGGGGAGGAGGGACAAGGGUCUUGGUUGGGGGAUUCGGAGGUGGGUGAUGGUUCUGGUUUUGGGUUUGAAACUCCCGAUGUGAGGAUCCCGGCGUUACGCAUUGAAGACCUACGGAUCCCUAGAUUUGUGUCCGAUUCGGACUCGGAGGACGAUGAAGAUGGCUGUGAUACGGUUGAUUUGCCUCGUGGGAGUACUGUUAAUGGUGGUUUAUUUGAUGAUUUGGAUUUUCUGCGUAGUUGGUAUUGUCUUCAUUCGGGGGAUCGCAGGGCGAUCAAUGAAGAUUUUGAGCGGGGGGGAGUGAAUCGGAGGGCUGAAGACGAGAGAGAAGCUCUGAGCAUGGUGUUUGACGGGGUGGAGGAAUUGUUAAUGGUUUCAUCUGAAGAGAACUCGGGUGGGGGCAGCGUUCAAUUGGAUGGAAAUAUAGAAAGGGAACUUCUUUUGGCGGCGAAUAAUUUGGAGAGGAUUCUGGUUACUGAUCACCAUGUGGAGGGCGAUUCAUCUGCAGCAGCUCGGGAUGAUCAUUUUGGUGCCGAUAUAUAUGAUACCAUUGUUGGGUUAUUGGCAGAUGACAAUCUUUCUUGGAGGGGUAGUCCGCCGGCUGCUAGAUCAGUUGUGGAUAAUCUUCCCACGGUUGUGUUGGCAGAGGAAGAUUUGGGGAACAAUGAGAAUGUGGUUUGUGUUGUUUGUACUGAUGAUAUUCCACUGCAAGAGAAAGUCAAAAAGCUUCCUUGUUCGCACUGUUUCCAUGGGGAGUGCAUUCUGCAAUGGUUGAGCAUUCGGAACUCGUGCCCCCUUUGUCGGUUUGAAUUGCCUACUGAUGAUUCUGAGUAUGAGCAGCGGAGAAACCAGAGGGCCAGUCACAGUGACGAGGCGUGACAUUGGUGUGGCAGGUCGGAAUGGUGAUACCAUUUUGAACUUGUUUCUUGGUAAUGUAUUUUGCUCUGGCUGCGGCAGAACCUCGUUUCCUUUCUGUUUUUUUUUACCAUGUUUAUCACACGUCAAUGCCAUCAUGAUCAAGGGAAUGCUUCAAAAUUCUCUUGGAAUUGCAAUUUUAUGCUUUUUUCUUC